AUGGAGAAUCUCCAGUCCAAGUUGGACGAAACGGAGGCUAAUUUGGAAGUAUCUAAAAAGUCGACAUCAACUGCUCGUAGCAGUAGAUUGAACGUCAGUGGCAGCAGUAUUAGUUCACAAGCAGGUAGUGAACGUAAAAGGUCGAGCAGUAGGACUUCUAGUGGUAAGAAUGUCAAGAGUUCGAGUGAUAUCACGUCGGCGUCCAAGAUCUUUAGGAAUCUGUUGAUACUAGAAGACGAUUUAAGGCAUCAAGCUCAUAGGCAAAAAAUCCUCAAAUGGGAAUUCACACUUUUCCUAUCUUCAUUGGCAGGGGUUGCUGGAUUUGCAUUUUAUGAGUUGUAUUUCACCCAUGAUGCCAUUACAGGAUUCCAUAGGUUCAUUUUACAGUUUCUGCUGCUGUUCAUAGCCAUUACUGUAGCUUUAUUCCAUCUAGGAGGUGAGUACAAGAGAACUAUUGUCAUUCCUCGAAGGUUCUUUACAUCCACAAACAAGGGCGUUCGACAAUUUAACGUUAAACUGGUUAAAGUUCAUUCUACAUGGAAUGAACAGUUUACAGAUUACGUCAGAUUUGUUAGUCGUAAUGUGGCAUUCAUAAACAUCUACAUGCUGACCAAGACUCUAAGGCUAAGUGAAUCUAACGCCCUAGUGACAUUUUGGAGGUCAGUAACUAUACGAUCACAACCUCGAAUAGGUGCUGUCGACGUCAAACUGGUCCUCAAUCCAAGGGCAUUCAGUGCGGAGGUCAGAGAAGGUUGGGAAAUCUACAGAGAUGAAUUCUGGGCUCGUGAAGGUGCAAGAAGACGUAAGACAAGACUGUAG